AUGGAUAUGCGAAAGGAAACAUCAGACAGACUUUAUGCUGCGAAAGAGUGGGGAAGCUAUAUUUUUUCAAAAGCCAUGAAGUCCAGUGAGGAAGCUGUUAGGAAAAUUACUGAUCAAAUAGAUUUGUCUGAAAUCAAGUCACUUGUCCCACUCAUACGCGAAUUUGAACAAGCUCAAGCUGACUUUGCUGUAACACAUCAAAAUAAGAAUGACGAAGCAAUUCGUUUUCGUUCAUCUCUAUCUGAACUUCCACCAUGGCACCCUGAUAUUUGUGGAUUAAAUGAUUCUAAUGCUUUAUCUGCUUUGAAAGAACAAAUUUUAGCUUUAAGUCAAAAUCCGAAUAAUUUUCUUAUUUCUCCUCCUGAAGAAGCUCAACUCAAAUGGACUUCACCAAUACCCGAAAGUUUAUUAAGUGAAGCUCAGAUCCUCUUAAAAGAAGAUCCUAAUUUAGGUUCUAUAAGAUAUCAACUUGUUCCUAGCAAAAUAAGCGAAGAUAUAUUUUGGAGAAAUUAUUUCUAUCGUGUAUCCCUUAUACAACAAUCUGCCAGUCUUUCCGCUGUAAUGGACAGUGAACACCAACAAAACAGCUGUAACAACAAAAAUAGCAAUAAUAAUGGUGGUAUUACAAGUGAUAACAGCGUAUCGGACACUGACUUUGUAUGCAUUGAACAAAAUCCUGUUUGGUCUAAAAUGAAUGCAAAUUUUGAAGAAAAGAAAAAAUCGAAUGUUGAUUUAAAUAAUAGUAAUAAUAAUAAUAAUAAUCGGAAAAUGAACAACUCUUCACUGAAGGUGAAAAAAACGUCGGACAAACCUUUAAAAAUCUCUUCUACUUCGUCAUCUAACGUGAAUCCAGCAAACGCUUCAAGAUGUUCACCAACUUUUAUUUCAAAUCACUCACCAAAGAAUGAUAGUUCUCAUAUUUCCUCUAAAACAUUGGAAGAACAAUUAGAAGAAGAGAUUGCUCGUGAAGUUGACGAACUUGUAUUCACUAAAUCAGAAAACAAUUCCGCUAAUCCAAAUAAUACUCAUAAUAUUGAUGGAUCUGUGGCAGAUGAAAUUGAUGAAGAAUUAGAACUGGAAAUAUUAGCUGAAUUAGAAAGUGGCAAUACUAUCAGUCAUCAUGCUAAUCAUUGUCGUCCUAACAGUACUGACAAUGUCAAAGAAGCUAGUAGCAUUAACUGA